GAGAUGAGGUGCGCGCUUUCCCCCUCUUCCCUCACUCCCCCCCCCCUCUUCCCUCACUUCCCCCUCUUCCCUCGCUUCCCGCUCUCCCUCGCUUCCUCUUCCCUCCCCCUCUUCCCUCGCCUCCCCCCACUUCUCCCGCUUCUCCCUCUUUCCUCGCUUUUCCCUCCUCGCCUCCCCUUCUGCCCUCUCUUUUCUUGCCUCCCCUCGUCUCUCUCAACCCCACUCUACGAUCCACUCCCUUCAUCCCCGUCUUCCCUCACUCCCCCUCUCUCUUCCCUAAGGCACCACGCCAGGUGCAGGAUUCCAAGAGGCUGAGGCGCAUCAUGCAGACCAUUCUGUCCCUGGGGAACGCGCUCAACCAGGGCACUGCUAGGGCUCUGCUGUGGGGUUCAAGCUUUCACCCACCACUCCCUCUCUCCUCUCUUCCCUGUCGCCGCUGUUCCCUAUGGCACCACACCAGUCGAACUCAAAUGCCGGCCGUGGGGGUUCAACCUCCUUUUGAGUCGACUCAAAUGCCGGCCGUGGGGUUCAACCUCCUUUUGAGUCGACUCAAAUGCCGGCCGUGGGGUCAACCUCCUUUUGAGUCGACUCAAAUGCCGGCCGUGGGGUUCAACCUCCUUUUGAGUCGACUCAAAUGCCGGCCGUGGGGUUCAACCUCCUUUUGA